AUGACAGAUUGCGCGAUACCCUAUCUGUUUGUAAAGGACGUUGAGGUCUUCUCCAAGAUACCCAACUUGUAUGAAAACCUCCAAGUAUUAGCAGAUGACUGGUUAUCUGAAUUCGAUACAGAUUUCAAGGUAUAUUUCGGAAUCUUUUACAAUACCACUGGCAAAAACGAAAUUCGUAAUAUGCAUCAAAAAGACAAUUAUACACGCCAUAUUGUUUUGAAUUGUGACAGAAAAACACGCCUUGUUGAUUGUCCAAAGAAAAACGCGAUUAAGACCCUUGGACCAAAUUUAAAAGCAUUGGAUUUUGAUGCUGGCUCACAAGGCGAUGCGAUCAUACCUUUAGAUGCAGAUAUUAAAAAUUCGGUUGAGGAUAAUCUGUUUGAUCUUAUUUCGGAUUAUUGUCCCCGUUUAGAUACAUUGUGGGACGAAUCCAAUUCAAGAAUUGCAGAUUUGAUGAAGAUUACCUGUGUCAGCUGUCUAGCCGCUGUUACACCACCUUUUUCUUAUUCGUCUGAUGUGGAGCACAGACCUCGAUCCCGACGACAAAGAAAAGUUAUUACUAAAGUAACAAAGAGAAAGGCUACAUCUGUCUUUUAUAAAGUCUCUACAAAUAAACUACUGGUUGGGUCUUCGUUCUUAGAAUUUGAAGCUUCCAAGGAUGAUUAUAUGGCCCACACUAUUGAUAUACGUUGUUUUGAUAUCAAAAAGUUGGCUAUCAGAACAUCAUUCAUGCAAUUUCUUCUUCUCACAGAUGAACCGCCCAUCAAUUGUGACGACAAAAGUUAUAUGGACUCACCUGAUUUUAGUUUGUUCUAUUCAGACUCUUAG